AUGUCAGAAUGCGGUAGACAACAUCACCCAGCACGGGUCAUCCAUCUCAUCCCGAUCGACUUCAGCUCCAGUUGCACGCUCUGCAUACCGGUCCUUGGGCGACAGUCACCAAUGGAGGUCACGAGUCCCUCGAGCGAGCCUGACCUGUCAGAUUUCAACGACAGUUUGCCCCUGAAUUGUCACAAGGAGCCCAUAGAUGUCAUCAGCAUCUCAAGUGACAACAACGAGAAUACUCCCAUCAAAGGUCUUUUUGCGUCCAGUACCUCUAGAAAUAAUGUGCCCAUGGACAUGGACAGCCCAUCGAGCGACAACUUUCAAGCCAUCAGGGAGCAGAUUAGAAGUGUGAUACAGAGAAUCAUGAAUGAUGUCUCCGCAAGAGAAAAGAGCGCUGCGCAGAUGAAUGUGGUUAUCACCAUCAUCACUCAAGAAACCGACAUGGUCAUCAUCAUGAAGACAGGAGGUGGAAAGAGCAUGUCAUGGAUGGUUCCCUCAAUUAUCAACCCAACCACCAAAUCUAUUGUUGUCUGCCCGUUCAUCGCCUUGCUCGAUGAACAGUACAAGAAGACCGUCGCGGCUGGACUGCAUUGCCAUAACUAUUGCGAGUCCAAGAUGGUGCCGAACAAUGUUCAGAUUCUUUUCGUGCAGGUCAAACAUUGCUCCUCCAAUGUGUUUUCUAGCUUCCUUCUGUCGCCACUGGGGAAGCUGUUUAGCAGGCUCUUUGUGGAUGAGUUCCAUGACGGCCAGUACUUUCAUCCAGAACAUGUUUCACAAUGGAAGGCUCUCGCACGGCAAUUCAGCGCAAUGUUCAUCGUAAUCGUGCUUCUGACGGCAACUGGAUCGCCCACCCGUGUUGCGAGCUUUAUCAAACUGUUCAGCCUGAAGCUCAAUCAGAUUACCGAAGUCCAGUCAUCCACCAACUGUCCUGAGAUCGGAAUGCAUGUUGUGCAAAUCCAGCCCAUCGCAGCAAGGCAGUCCCUGAUACACCUCGUCGCUGCUCUCUCCCAACGUCUGUCUGAGGUGGAACACAUUCUGGUGUUAUAUGAUCAUUCACCUCUACAGGCCUACAACCUCAAUAUGUGGGAUGAAGGCGAAUCAAAGGUCAUGGCAUGCACGACAGCCUUUGCACAGGGUAUUGACAGGCCGAGUGUUCAAUAUGUGGUGAUCUUCAAGCCGUCCUUUGGGCUCAUCGUCAACAACCAGAUGCUGGGUCGCGCUGGAUGUGACAGGAGGGAGUCGCAUGUGUUCUUCCUCACUGACGAUCGUGGACCCUCACUCCCCAUGAUAAUUGAAUGGACAACACAGGGUCGCAGCAUUAAGGAAAAUGCAUCAAGGCAAGUGUUUGAAGGUCCUGAUGGAGAGAGGGAACCAACAGAGGAACUGGUGGAAGAAGAGCAUGCGGAAGUUCGACAACAGCUGGCGAAAGUGAAGGGGCAGAUGAACCAAUGUGGGGAUUGGGGGGGUGAUACUGUACUAUGUGGAAUCAUAUCUCGAUGCACAAUUCUGGAUGCACUGAAAUCAAGACUUGAAGAAGUUCUUGUAUCAUCCUUGAGGAACGUAUCAGAUGAGUAUCAACGAGGCGGGUUACCAGCUGUGAUGGACGCCCUGGAAGUCAUAUUCAGCAAGCCGGUGAAAGAGAAGAAUUCAAAAAUCACCCAAAUUCUGAAGAAUACAAGUGCUGGUGUCGCAAGUUUAAAGUCGGUUGGCUUUCAAAGCCAUAUCAACCACUAUGGGAACACAUUUCGACUUCUCGCGUUGAAGGACGAGUUCCCGACCUACAAAGAGAUCGUCAAACUAACACAAGCAUCUGAGACGGUUAACACAGCUGGUUGGCAGGCACUUACACGUUUAUCGGGGCUGUACGACACGAUCUUGAACGGCAAGCAUGGGGACCCGACCGUUUUUGUUCCCUACAUAGCCGAAAUCGACGAGGCUAUAGUUCAUACACGACAGAAGGCCGAAGGACAAGCUACGGUGGAUGGACAGGGUGUUGGCGAGGACGUGGGUCUGGUUGAUGGCGAUCCCAAAGGUUCAAUUGCCCUCUCCAUUGAUGACGGGGACCGUGAUGGACAAGGUCCAUAA